AUGUCUGGCGUCGUCUCCCCAACGCCCUUGCGGCACCGAAAACCUCUACCCUCGCGCACUCCUGCAUACACCGAAAUAAACCAGGAAGAUGACCAGGUCGAGUUCUCAAAUCCGCGAAACCGCAGCACGGUGGAGCAAGUACUCGAGAAAGACCGUGCCAGUAUGGCCAUGGCCGCGUUUCUGACCGUUGCUGCAUUCGCUCUGCGCUUCUACAAAAUCAACCAUCCGGACCAAGUAGUGUUCGAUGAGGUCCAUUUUGGCAAGUUUGCGUCGUACUACAUCACGCGACAAUACUACUUCGAUGUUCAUCCUCCGCUUGCCAAGAUGCUAUUCGGUCUGGCCGGCUGGUUCGUUGGAUACGAUGGACACUUCCUGUUCGAGAACAUUGGGGAGAGUUAUACCGAAAACCACGUACCAUACGUUGGCAUGCGCGCGCUCCCUGCAUUUCUCUCUAGUCUUACCGUGCCCAUUGUUUUUGCUAUCAUGAAAGAAUGCGGCUAUUCGACGAUCAUUGCCGCGUUCUCUGCUUCCAUUGUGUUGUUUGAUAACGCGCAUGUCGCGCAAGGUCGCCUCAUCUUGCUGGAUGCUAUCCUCAUAUUCUUUAUGUCUUUGACGCUGUAUUCCUAUAUUCGCUUCCGAAAAUUGCGAUACGUAGAAUAUUCCCCAGAAUGGUGGGGUUGGCUGUUAGCGACUGGAACCUUCAUGGCUUGUACAUGGGCUUCCAAAGUAAAUGGUAUUCUGACGGUCGUGGCAAUCGGUAUUCCGGUUUUGGUUGACCUUUGGGAUAUCCUCGAUCAUAAGAAGGGUCAUAGCAUGGAAUAUUUCUGGCAACAUUUCUUGGCAAGAGCCAUGGGACUCAUUGUUCUCCCAAUAAUUUUCUAUCUCAUGGUGUUUUAUGUACACCUCUCCAUUCUGACCAACACUGGUCCUGGUGAUACUUUCAUGAGUCCUGCCUUCCAGGAGACUCUCAGAGGCAAUGAGCUAUUGUUGAACAGUCAAGAGAUCCGCUACUACGACACUGUGACGGUUAGGCACAAGGACACGAGGGUUUUCCUACAUUCCCACCCGGAGCGAUACCCUCUAAAGUAUGAUGAUGGUCGCAUCAGUAGUCAAGGCCAACAGGUUACGGGUUAUGGUCAUGACGACUCGAACAACCACUGGCAGAUCGUUCCGACCAAAGCGCUCCCAGAGACUGGUCGUGGGCGUAUAGUGCGUCACGAUGACGUUGUACAAUUUCUCCAUGUGAACACCCAAUCGCUACUGCUUACCCAUGACGUUGCGUCUCCGUUGAUGCCGACUAAUCAAGAGUUUACGACAUGGCCUAAGGACGAUCACUCACGAUAUAAUGAUACACUCUUCUACAUGCGACUAGUAGAUGCGCAUGAAGGGGAGGCGUGGAAGAGCAAGUCGGGUCAUUUCAAGCUGAUUCACGUACCAACGAAGGUCGCUAUGUGGACACACCUCAAGACGCUACCAGAGUGGGCGUUCAGCCAACAGGAAAUUAACGGUAACAAGAACAGCCACGAGAAGAGUAAUAUUUGGUUCGUCGAUGACAUUGUAGGCGAACAGACGGAUGAGGAUGCAGCGAGCCGCACUAAUGUCGCACCGAAAGAGCCCAAAAAGAUGAAUUUCUUCAAGAAGUUCGCAGAACUGCAGCUCUUGAUGUUGCAGCACAAUGCUGGCCUAACUGCCUCGCAUCCUUAUGCUAGCGGGCCCUUCAACUGGCCCUUCCUUAUCAGCGGUAUUAGCUUCUGGACAGAAAACAACGACCAGAAACAGAUAUAUCUCAUCGGCAACGUCAUCGGCUGGUGGACAUGUAUUGUCGGCAUUUCAACAUAUGUUGGGAUACUCGGAGCAGACCUCCUUGGACGUCGGCGAGCAAUGGAGCCGUUGCCCGAGCCUGUCCGAAACCGACUCUGGAACUCUGCAGGGUUCUUCCUUGUUGUGUGGGCCGUUCACUAUUUCCCCUUCUAUCUCAUGGGCCGCCAGCUGUUCAUUCACCACUAUCUGCCCUCGCACCUCGCAUCGGCGCUUGUUGCGGGUUCACUGUUGAGCUUCGUCCUCUCGGAAACCAUCAACUAUCCGAUCUCGGUUCGAGGUCCUUCGAUGUCUCGUGUAAAACAGCGCACUUAUGCCGAUGUGGGGCUCAAAGGCCCCAUCAUCGUGGCCUUAUUUGCGCUAAUGAUGCUUGGCAUGUUCAUCUAUAUGGCGCCACUGACAUAUGGAACGCCAGGGCUGGAUGGUAACUCGGUGAACAGCAAGCGGCUGUUGUCUUCCUGGACCUUGCAUUUCGCGGCGAAAGCUAGCGAUGCUUAG